GCCACUGACUCCCGCGUGGGGAUCUUUUGCAGUGGGGAGGGGCCGUGAGCUUCCCACGGUGUUUUCUGACCCCUAGGCAAAUGCCUUUUCUUCCCGCAGUUGUAUCGACAUGGAGAUCGCUCACCAGUGAAGCCAUAUCCCAAGGACCCCUAUCAGGAAGAAGAUUGGCCACAGGGGUUUGGUCAGCUCACCAAGGAGGGGAUGCUUCAGCACUGGGAGCUGGGCCAGGCUCUUCGAAGGCGCUACCAAGGCUUCCUCAAUACCUCUUACCACCGGCAAGAGGUUUACGUGCGAAGCACAGACUUUGACCGCACCCUCAUGAGUGCCGAGGCCAACCUGGCCGGGCUCUUCCCUCCGGACGGGAUGCAGCGCUUCCACCCCAACGUCUCCUGGCAGCCCAUCCCCGUUCACACUGUGCCUGUCGCUGAGGACAGGUUGCUGAAGUUCCCGCUGGGCCCGUGUCCCCGCUACGAGCAGCUGCAGAACGAGACCCGGCAGACCGCAGAGUAUCAGAAGGAGAGGACUCGGAAUUCACGAUUUCUGGACAUGGUGGCCAACGAGACAGGGCUGGCCGACCUGACCCUGGAGACCGUUUGGAAUGUCUACGACACUCUUUUCUGUGAGCAAACACACGGGCUGGCCCUGCCACCCUGGGCCUCCUUCCCAACCAUGCAGCGGCUGAGCCAACUCAAAGACUUCAGUUUCCGCUUCCUCUUCGGGAUCUACGCGCAGGCAGAGAAGGCCCGGCUGCAGGGGGGAGUGCUGCUGGCUCAGAUCCGGAAGAACCUGACCUUGAUGGCCUCCACCUCCACCCUCCCUAAGCUGCUGGUGUACUCUGCGCACGACACCACCCUGGUGGCUCUGCAGAUGGCCCUGGAUGUGUACAACGGGCAACAGGCCCCCUACGCCUCCUGCCACAUCUUUGAGCUGCACCAGGAAGACGAUGGGAACUUCUCUGUGGAGAUGUACUUCCGGAACGAGAGCGGCAAGGACCCCUGGCUGGUGAUCCUGCCUGGCUGCCCAGCCCGCUGCCCACUGCAGGACUUCCUUCGCCUCACAGAUCUUGUGGUGCCCAAGGACUGGCAGCAGGAGUGCCAGCUGACCAGCAAGCCUGCAGACACAGAGGUGACCGUGGCCUUGGCUGUGUGUGGCUCCAUCCUCUUCCUCCUCAUAGUGCUGCUCCUCACCGUCCUCUUCCGGAUGCAGGCCCAGCCUCCUGGCUACCGCCACGUCGCCGAUGGGGAGGACCAUGCCUGACAACCACUGGCCCCCUUCCCUCUGCCUCCUAGGGGAGGCGGGCUGGGCCCUUGCUCCCCAGCCCGUGGACAGGAGACCCUGAGCUGGGCCCCCCUCUGAUGAUCCAAGUCUAGAUGGGCAUGUGGGGCUCAGCGGGGCCACUGGCCCCCAACAUUCACGUGCCUGACGUGUACCGAGUACUGUGGACAACGCUGGCUUAUUCCAAACAGGCUUGCCUCUUUGUACUCCCUAAGGGUCUGAGACACAGGCAGGCGAGCAGUCAGGGGCCAGUCAGUACCUAGGACAACCGAAACUGAGGAAGUUGAUUCUUGAUCUGCUUGCUCCUUGAUUGGGCCCCGCACUUUCUCUGCCAACCGGAGGCUUUGGCAGAUGGCUCAGAGGGCACAGUCUCAACUCAGUGGUUCUUGUAGUCGGGAAAACAACACAACCCUGGCAAUGUCAACGGGGCCACUGCGGAAGCGGGACUCGAGCCAGCCAAGUCGUUUUCCCUCGUCCACCUGCAGCCAUCACCACAGACAGAAUGCACUGGGCAUCUCUCUCACCCCUUCAGCUGGAGCAGGCUGGAAGGGGUUCGUGCCCUGGGGGAGUCAGGGGGCAGUUGGCAUCCAGGGUCCUGAAGCUGGCUGAAUUCUCCAGGGACCUGGAGUAAACGCAGGUUGUGAAAGCCUGCCAGCGCUAGGACUGCCGAAGUGAAUGGCAGAGAAUGAAAGUUUAAGACAGUG